CUUUAUAUACAAACUCAUACUUACACAUAUCAAUGCAGGUACCAAGUCAUUAAAUCCAACAGCACGACAGGACCUUGCCUCACUUUAGUUUUACCCCAGCACUCAACGACCGAUAGACACUAACCGCGGAAGGUCGCUAUUUUUUGUACUCGCAAAACUUUCCACUCCAACUUGCAAUGUCGAAUUGGGCGCAACGCCGCCGUCGUCUCUACAGCGUCGCGUUCUUCUUCAGCCUGCGCGUCGUCCUGCUCGCCGCACAAGUGAUGCUACUGGCACCGAUUAUACGUUCCAAACCGAGCGGUACAUAUCGGACGCAUGGUGCUUUGAGCUGCUUUGCAGUGCUCGUACUGCUGCUCUUGUGUGGCGCCGCACCGUUCCUGCUGCGCAUAAUCGCCGCCACCUAUGAGCGCGUGGGCGUGCAAUUCGACAACAUCUUCGUGCUCAUCGCCAUGACAUCACAAGUCUGCGACAUCAGCAUUGUGCUAAUUUCCCUGCUGUCGCAGAUCUGGCAACGCCGACGCUUAUGUGAGUUCCUGAAUCAUCUCGAGGACACGGUGCAACGCGUACGCACCAUACACGGCCGCCACUUCAUAAAAUCGCGCGUUCUUCUACUGUUGUGGCUGCAGCUGGGCUUGACGCUGUACGAUGUGUUGAUGCAGCUCGUCUUUCUGUCGAAACUGGCGUUCAAAAUCGACCCGUGGCAGUUUCUGGUCAACCUGCUGUCGCUGUACCUGCAACAGUGCCGCGCAACGCUGCAAUUGCUGGUUAUGGGCUACUUGCUGUUGCUGAUCGCUUGCUAUGCUCAGUUGGCGGAAUGCUUGGAGCACUUCCCUGAAGACUCAAGCGGUGAGCAGUUACACUACGAGGAUUUGGUUUCACUGCACGAUGCUUUGUAUGAGCUUACUCUACAGCUGAAGCGUGUCUUUCAGCUGCCGCUCUUUCUACUUGUCACGGGCGAAUUCAUUAACGUGUUGGCCAAUUUGUACGCUCAGCUUUACUAUUACGUCAUAACGAAAGCUUGGUGGUUCGCCUUUGUCUUCUACUGCGCCAAGAUCAGCAUUGAACUGUACCUACUCAUACACGUGGUGCAUUUCUGUUGCGAAUUGCACAGGAAGGUCACUCACCUAUUUCUUAAUCGCGAUUUGGUCUUGGAGGAGCCGUCGGCCCAUUGGCGCUUCGAAUUAACUCACUCAGACGUAUUAUGGCCGCAACCGAUUAGAUUUGAUAUUCUUGGCAUGUUUGAGCUGAACAAUGAGUUUUGGCUGUUCCUCGCCUCCUAUUCGGUGAAUUUCAUAGUCAUCAUAGUGCAGUUUGGCUUCUUCAAUUAAAGGAACGUUUUGUGAGAUGAAAACAACCGUUGAGUUCUCAAGUU